AUACAUGUGGUGCAGCACAAGUGCCAUACACCUUGGAGCCAAAACAUCCUGAGUGUUGGGAGGGGGAAGUCAACAGAACCAAAUGAAGCAGGUCAAAACUUUGAAGAUACACUUUUUUUAAACAGCUGCCUGCAUGUCAACAGGUCAAACUUUGAAGGUAUGUCUAACGGGAAUUCUUUAAUUAGCAUGAUUUUUUUUUUUUUUGUUACCGAAAGUUUGUUUGAAAGAAAUUCGUUGACGGUAAAUUGGUCGACGAAAAUUUCUUUUUGUACCCACUAUACUAUAUAUCAAAACAAAAUAAUGCGUUCAAAAAUAAAUUUGACGCCAAUUUAAAUCGUGUGAACUGAAAACAAAACUAAGCUCAUCCAAAACUCGACCAAACUUCCGUUCGAUCAAAUUUCCGUUGAUCAAUUUACUGUCGACGAAAUUUUUUUCAAACAAAUUUCCGGAUAGAGAUUUUUUUUUGUAGAUCUUCUUAUCUUGGCUUUGGUCGUGCGUCACAUUUGCGUCUAUUGACUCCUACCUUCCAACCCUCCAUUUCCUGAUCUUCUUAUCUUGGCUUUGGUCGUGCGUCACAUUUGCGUCUAUUGACUCCUACCUUCCAACCCUCCAUUUCCUGAUCUUCUUAUCUUGGCUUUGGUCGUGCGUCACAUUUGCGUCUAUUGCAUCCUACCUUCCAACCCUCCAUUUCCUGAUACCCCUCCCACACUGAGUAGCCCUUGCAUUCAACGAAAUAUCCUCUUCAAUACCAGGCACACAAAAACAUCGUGAACCCCCCUCUACAUAAACGGUAGCCAGAAUGAUCAAUACAUUGAUCGUGGACCCUAAAGAAACAGAAGAAGAAGAAGAGAACAGUAUUUUCAAUAUUAGACAUUCUUUCCGUCUGUUUAGCACUUUGACUGUCUUAAAUUUAAAAAAAAAAACAAUCCUCCUCAUGUCCCUUAGUGCUUGGACCGUUGGGGCGCCACAGAUGACAUGUGAACUAUCCUCCUCCAUUCGUCUCGGUCUUCUGCACAACGCACAGCAUCGCCCAGUGUUAGUCCUGUCCACUCUUUGAUGUUAUCCUCCCAUCUUUUUCUUUGUCUUCCUCUUCUUCUCCCUCCUCUUGUGGUGCCCUGCAAUACUUCUUUGGCAAGCCCUUGUUUCCAUUGUAGUUUGCGUUUUUUCACAGUCACCAGUAGGUCAUCGUACUCCCCAAUGGCAUGGCGAACCCAUUCUUUCACUGUAUUAUUGGAGAUAUGGUCCCUAUAGCAGAUUCCAAAAAUGUUUCUGAAGCAUAUUAUCUCCAUCUCCUUUAUUUUCUUUUCAAGAUCUGCUGUUAAUGUCCAGGAUUCGCAAGCAUACAGGAAAAAAACAACAAUAGAGCCAUUUACUUUAAAGCACUUUUAAGUUUUAAUAUAUGAAGGACUGCGUUCAAGUAGUGUGAAGGAAAGAGUAGAACAAGGUAUGUGGUACAUGUGUCCUGCUUGCUGAGGAAGGCUCUUAGCCUAUUCUUCCUCAAUUGUCCUGUCUUUCUAUUCAAGCUUCAACAUGCAUUGAUCUAUUACUUACUUACAUUCAAACAGUUUUACAACUGAACUAUUGCAGUGGAGGUGUUUUUUUCUUCAAUCUAACCUGUGAAAGGAGAUGUCUCCACAUACUGCUCCUGACACUGCUCCUGCUCAACUUUCUAAAGUAAGAUGUACUUCACCACAAAGCUGUGUCAAUAUAAAAUUAACUAAAAUUGUUUUUUUUUUUUUUAAUUUAAUUUUAUUCGACAGAUGCAAUGCCAAACACAAUUUCUGGUUUAAAAUGGGGAGAUAAGCCAUUAACCAAUAAGCCGAUUGAUGCUCCUGAAGCCCAUGCUGGCCUUAAAGUAACCUCCCGCAUGAUUCGUCUCCCAGACAUUCAGGAACUCACAACGUCCUCCUUUAACUCUAACAAAUGGCUCACCUGCUUCCUCCUGCAGGGAUCUAUCCUAUACCUAAGGGAGACCAGUUUCGUUUCCAGAAAGUAGUCCCGGGCAAGGACGAGCACUGCGGACACUGUGAAGAUAUUCCUCGAAACAUACAUGACUACAAGUGAGUAGAGCAGUGGUUCCCAAAUUGUGCUCCACCGCGCCCCAAGGGCUCCAUUUGCAUUUCUCAAGUGCUCCGUGGCCGCUCCGGGAAAUUAAAAUAACACCAUAAACAUUUAAGAUAUAAGGAAGGGCUAACGGGCUCUCCUAUAUAAAUUUAUUUUAUAAUAGGGCUCCGCGAGUCAAAACUGUUGGCGACCACCGGAGUAGAUGACGGAGUAGAAUUGUUUGAGUAUUAUCAUUGACUAUCUGGUCACGCCCCCACACUGACGUUCUCGUGGAUGUUACAUGCAAAUCUUAGCUAUUAUUAAUUAUUUCGUCGAAAUUAAAUAUGGCUGUUUUGGGUUUUUUUAAUUUCUUUUUUGAAAAAAAAUUAAAAUUGGGAUGCUCAUAUCUUUUUGUUGAUAGUAAACAACUUUUAAAUCUGUAAUGAUAUUCCGUUUUGUUUUUUUGUGUGCGUGUGUACGCCCUUCUGCUCUAUUAAAACCAUUUUCCCAGCAUUCUUUUUGGUCAGUUUUGUUUCGGGUUUGAGCUUUCGUAUCUGGGGGCUUCUUUCGUAUCGAGCACCGGCAUGACCAUAAAUAAAAAUGGGUUUCAAUGAGUACAAUUUGUUGCAGUAAAAGUAUGAAGUUUAAAGUCUGGAAGAAAAUAUUCGAAUCUUGCGCAUAGGCUGUGUCGGUAGAAAAUGAUGUGAAGUUAAGCAACCCCUUUAAAAACUAAGUUUUUAUAAGCAUCUUUGUUGGCAUUUGUGCGCGGGAUUUUAUUAUUGAUGUGAUUGUAUGAAGUAUGAACUAAUUUUUUGGUUUGGGAAUGGCUUGGUUUUUUUUAAUCAAACUUUGUGCAUGUGAUACACUAAAAGACUAAGUAUAUAAUUUAACCCAAAUACGUCACAAAUACGAAGCACUUACCAACAACUACACAAUUAAUCUCCACACCAUAGCACGCACCCAUCGAACUCUGAAUCUAUUAGAGGUUUGUUGUUUGUUUUUUUUUUUUGGUGAAGCGGGAAAUCCAAGUGUGAUUAUAUGGCAAAGGCUGAGUGAAUGGCUCGCUUUGUUACUGAGUGCAUCUGUACAGAUGGCAUGGAAUAAACCAUGUGUUACGAAAUGACUCACGCCGUAGCAGGUUGUAAACUUUAAGUUCUUCACAUGACCCACUACUAAAUUCAAACGACUAAAUACAUUUCAUUUCAUUUUUAUAAUACAUCAUCGUUAUAUUUCAGGUGGACAGAUUAUUUCGCCGAGGACCAACAGUACAAUCAGGGCCAGCAACCCACGGGGCACUCCCCUUACGAAAGUCAGGACGAAGACUUCAGCCUUCCACCCUGGAACGGCAAAUCUUGGCCCGUGAACAGUAAAUCUUGGCCCUUGAACAGAAACUCUUGGCCCGUGAACGGCAAAUCUUGGCCCGUGAACGGUAACUCUCAACAAACGAGCGGCAACCCCAGCGCAAGGAACUGUCAUCACUAUCAAGCAUCAAGCUCCCCGUACCCCAGACCACCAGCACCCACACCGUUCACCAUGAUGAACCAUGGAUGCGAGAACUGCUUGCAGGAGUUUGGCGGCCUGGGCCCGGUAUGCGACGUGUGUGCGGGGGCCGGAAGUAACAGCGGAUGUUGCCCCGACCAGCCACCCCGACCACUUCGCAAGAGAGGCAAGGGCUGGGGUUACUGUCCCCCGGUGGAUGUCGACCCGAGGAGUUUGAUACGGCCGCGAAACAAGAGCCUUCCAGAUAGCACGCGACCAACAGGGUAAAUGGGUAGACCAGUGGUUGGCAAAUCGCGGAGAGCGAGCUGCGUGCGAAUCUCUAGCGACCUGAGUGCGGCUCUCUAGCAACCUGAGUCGGUCUCGGCCAGUCGGCCACAGAUCGGCUGUGACUCCGAAAAACAUGGUUCUUGACAGGUUCUUUAUGAAAGAAGUUUGGCUCUCAAUUUUUUUUUUAGAUUGUCCUGCUGCUGAUUUAGGCUCUUUUAACUGAUGAGUUUGCUGACCACUGGUGUAGACCAAUCGUAUUGGUUGCCUCCGAUAUCUUUUCUCCAUUAGGUAUUAGCGCGCUAAGUUAAUGUAAAUGAUUUGUGUACAAAAAAAAAGUUGAAAUUCUUCAAAGACUUUCAAUCAGAUGCUUCUGUGUUUUCAGAGCUCCAUUGGGUUCGUAUAACUAUGUCUCAGGGCCCCCACAUAGAUCCUACAUAUACAAUUUGUUUUAAGGCCCCCACAGUUUUUCUAAAUAUAUAAUAAUAUGUUUCAGGGCUCAUACAUUUUGCCUACAUUUAAAUAUGUUACAGACCCCCAUAAUAUUCUUACAUUUGUAAUUAAUUUCAGGGCUCCAUAUUAGGCUUACACUUUUAAUUACUUUCAGGACUCAAUUUUAUUCUUACACUUACAUUAUUUCAGCGCUCCAUAUUUCGCCCAAGAAUCAAAUCCUAGUUGUUUUCCUGAGCAGUUCCCGAGACCUAAAAAGAGCACAUUUUCUUUUGAUGACUGGUAAGCCGAUACACUCAAAUGCAAAUCCACUAUGGCUAAAAAUACAUGUCUAGGCGUCAUGCUACAGACAUUCACUUUACAGAAACUCACUUUGCAGACAUUCAUGUUGCAGACAUCCACGUUGCAGACAUCCAUGUUGCAGACAUUCAUGUUGCAGACAUUCAUGUUGCAGACAUCCACACUACAAACAUUCAUCUUGUAAACUUCCAGAAGGUCUGCGAGUUUUAUUUUAUUGCUCUUUAUUUUUUUAUUUGUGUAUGUCAGUCAGUGGUUCUCAUAGUGUUCUUGAUUUCUCAUUUAACAAGGUAUUUAGACAUUUCUAUCUACAACUAAAACAAACAAAUGAAUGCUGCUGUAGAAAAUGGCUGACCUUGACCUUGACCAAGAAUUAAAAAAUGUUAAAAACUCUACACGUGUGUGUUCAGGUUUGGUUUAAAGUUUGGAAAACGAGACUUAGGGUGUGUGUGUGUGUGUGUGUGUGGGUGGGGGGGAUGAGCUUUAUAUACCUUCAGAGUAAAACCCAAGGCGAUACACUAGAAAUUGUGUUGGAUUUUUAUUUAUUUUUUCUACGGAUUGUAUUGAGCCAAAAUUAUCCACUAAUCCAGGUUGAGAACUGUGGAUGACCGCCUCCCUCAGAAGCAUCUCCAGAACUGUUGCGUGCCGUCUCUGUGUACAUCGUGUGCCCCGCCAUACGUGGACUGCUGCCCCGAUUACAAGGAUCCAAGGGCCUACACGCUGGUCAAGCAGGGGCUUGCUCCGUAUUGACUAAUGCUCUACCUUUCAUCUCCCUUACCUUUAAAAAGCAAACUUCUUUGUUUUUGUUUUUGUAAUACCAAAUCUCAGCCUCUAUCGACGACCUUUGAAAACUUGCCAUCGCCAUCAAUGAAAACUUCGGAGAACACUAUAUCGAUUAAAAUCUAUUUUGGGGUUGCCUCUCUUUUCAAUGUACAGAUCUUUAGAUUUUUAAUAAAGAAAUAUCAGUGAAGUUUAUUAUAAUUUUUUUUUUUUAAACCAACACACACGAAUGGUCAUGCC